UAAGAAAACGUGCCUGUUUUUCUGUAAAAAGUUCAUAGAAAAGAAUUAUGAAAUACUUUGAAUAGUCAUAAAAACCGGGUAAUAUCAAUUAUAAGCUGGCGCGUAAUGUUAACUCGAUAGUAGCGAAUCCAACCGAUUGCUCGAGAUUUCUCCUAGCGAGAGUAUCGAAUGAACGUAGCGUGCACGCGCCGUAGCUGAAAAACGUAAGCUCGGAUACUACGCCUGUACUAGUACGUGCUCCGUACACGAAAGUUAUUCACACACGCUAUUCAUCGGCUUGUGCACCUCCAUUACGUACAUAACGUGAAACGUAAGACGCUACAUACUGGUCUAUACGUGUGUCGUGCAGGUAUAUAUAAGCAGAGUUGCGCACGUUCGUCCGAGUACAUCAAAACAUACUUUUGAUUAAAACGUGAUAUUGUGCAAAACACCAAGAACCAGAAGAAUUUAUGUAAUUUCCAACGAAGCUCCAUUGGUAACUUACUAUUGUAAAGGGAAGAAAGUGAUAGAUAAGCAUCGAAAAUAAGUUAUAAACAAUAUUUUCGAUCGAACAUCAAAAUAAUCGAGAAAGGGUGAAUUUGAGUGUCACUGUACAAGCGCGAAGAAGAGAGAGAGAAUCAAAGAACAAUAGAGUGAGAAAGCAAUAGGACGCUAGGUACGGUGCUACGGUGGUAGUGAAUGGAACGCGGCCCCCACGGGUGAGCGUAGUACGACGCUCCACGGGCUAGCGUUGCACCAAUGACCAGCCGGGACGGGCGAUCACGUGACGUGCGUGCCGAGCCAGCAGCAGAACAUUGCAAAUGACAAGACGCGUAGGGCAUUGUCGUCGCGCCGCCGCUGCCACCGUUCCCGUUGUCGUUGUUGGUGAAUUCGUCGCGCUACCGCCGUUGUUGCUGCAAUUAUCGCUGAUGAGAUCUCGCCCGCCACCGAGAAGGCGAGCAUUAUAAACGAUUGGAAAUCCUGUCCUCGCUGUCGGCACUACCGCUGUUGUCGCCGCGUGUGCGCGACAAAGUCGCGGGUGCUCGGAGGCCUCGUGCCCUGAACGGUGCCCGCGGCGCUCCGUCCUUAAUACAACAUAUUCGAAACAGUGUAUCAAACGCAGCAGCAUCGAGGCCCUGUGUGGCAGCUGCCUAUAUGACAAAAUGUCGGGAUCACAGCGAAUGCGAAAGUCUUCGCCAUGCUCGACAUCGAAGCAAGGCCCAAUGCGCGCGACUCUUCCCGUAAGCUCGCUAUUACGACAAGGCCGGCAGGGUAGCAGUCUCAGGAAGAGCAACAGUAAUAGCCCUACGAAUGUAUCGCCGACGAACGCGAGUGCGUGGCGGGCCCGCAUCUCGCCGGAGACCUCUUCCUCGGGACAACGAAGCCCGGGUUCCCUCUCUUACAAAGCAAAAUCAAAAACAUUAAGUGGAAGAUGCAGCGAAAGUUUAAGCGGAAAUCAGAAUAUUCGAAGGACAGCAUCAUUAGAUACUAUCUAUUUGAAGGGACAAUGGCCCCGUGAUUCGUAUUACAUUCAUUCCAGUCUUCUUUUGGUUGACAAAUCUACACAGACAGAAGAAUGGUCCAAUGAACCAAGAAAAUUACACACGCGUCAUCCUACAGAGCAAACCACCACAGAUGAGAAACUGGAAAAGUAUUUCAGGCAUCGGUAUGUAGAAAUCUUCUUUUGGAAAAAAGUGGGAAACAUAUCUCCAUAUCUACUCAUUUAUUCUAAAAUAUGUUACAGAUUACAACGUACAAAUAAGGAAGGCACUAGUAGUAGAGAACGGACAGCAGCCUUUGGGCUUAUAAUGCCUGGUGGACCACCACCAGCUUUUCCUGCAGAUCACACUGUUUUACCUAGUAUUGCUUCACAAACGUCUACACACAAUCAAUUCGGUUUGAGUACAAAGGCAAGUCCUAUGAAUAUCCCCGUGAAACCAAUGAGGCCUCCAAUGCGUUCCUCUAUCGAAGGAUUAAAUCAAGAAAUUGAAGGACUAGUUCUUAAAUCUGCAACCAGUGGUAGUGAUCCUGAUCAUCCAGUGGAAGACAAAUACGCACGAUAUCGUGAACAAAUAACACCAGAAGGGCAUCGAGCACCAUUAGCGGACCUACUGAGGGCUACUCGCAGUGUCAAUACACAAACACCAGCUACCGACCUUCCCUCCAGUUCUUAUUCUUCAGGCCCUCCAUCUAGGAAUUCUGAGUCUCCGCUGAUUCCUGGUCUUAUGGAUGCCUCCCGUCCGCCUAGCGAUCUCUUACAAGGUGGAAGUCGUGGUUCAACCCCUGAGCAAGAUCGAGAAGGACGUCUUGGUACCUCUCCUCACAUUAACAGGUUCCUUGCAAGAGAACCACCCGAUGGCUGUGAGAAAGUCAAUCUUAAAUUCGUAGAGGAUGCCAGGCGACCCAUGAUAGACUUGAGCAAACUAGAUUAUUGCCCAAAGCCGUGUGUAGCAUUCCAGUUAAAACCUAGUUUGGGAUCAGCGUUCCUGCCAUUACAACAGCCAGCCAGUCCAACAAUGGUUGCCAGUGCAUCACCUUCAUCGCAUACAACACCAACUACACCUCCUCCAAAUCCAUAGUCCUGCUCUUUACCAUAUGGAAUAAUGUUCAUAAACCCAAUUGGUAUAUAUAUAUUUUUUCUUUUAACGACCUCAUCGGUAGAAAGUGGUUUACUUUGAUAUGAAAGCAUAUACCAACAAAGAAAAGUUACCGAAAAAAAGCAGCCUGUUUCUGGUGUGACCCAACGUUCGGGCAUCGUAAAUGUGUAAUUAAAAAAAAAAAGUUAUAAUUGCAUUGAUACAAAACAUUGAAAGCAUCUGAGCUCCGUUAAUGUUUGAAACAAUAAUAAAAUACGAGGAACAAUAAUUUGUGAUAACUAAAAAAAAACGACAUUUAGGAAUGAACAUUGUGUUCUACAGGGAGAAAGACUAAUAAAAUUGUGUAUUCUAAAUUUAGUGCUAAAAUGUGCUAAACGACUUUAGUUUUGUAUACAGGGAUAAAUAUUCAAAAUGUCGAAGAGUAUUAAAUUUGUUGGGAAAAGCAAAAUUAUAACGGAUACAAAAUGGGUACAUGUGCCUGGAAUAUGUACAUUGGUAUCCCUUUGUAAUGUUUUCAUUAGAUCUUUAUCACUUAAAUGAAUUCGAUUGCAUAGUGAAACAAAAUAAUUGUUAGAAUUUUGUAUCGUUUUGUAUUAUUACUUAUAUGCUGAAAAUAUGCAAAUUAUUAUUAAUGAGGAGCUCGAAAAUAGUGUAUCCCUAUGGUACAUUAUUUUUAAGAAUUAUAUCUCUACAAUUAUAUACAUACAUUCUUUACUUUUUUUCUUUUUUAAGAUCGCGUAUGUAAGAUAAAUGCAUAAAUUAAUUAUUACAAUAGUUUAUUUCGUAUUACGUGUACAAAAUGUACACUUUUGCAUAGCUUCUUUUUUUAUAGUUAUUAUUUCUCUUAGUCAAUAAGUUUCUACUUUGAAAAUAAAACAAGCACUUUGUUCAACUAUAGUGUUCAGUGUCAUACAAGCAACUUAAGGAACUUAAGUUAAUCUCAAGAGUAUAUUUUAUUGUUUAAUAAUUACAUUACCAUAGGGUUACAAAAUUUUUGGUUUAAUUUGUAUUAUGUUACUUUAUUAUCUGAAUAUGUACAACCGAUAUAGCAUGCAAUGACAGGUUGACGGAUGUAUGAUAGAAUGAACCUAAUGAUAUAAGGUGGAAAUGUAAUGAGUAAAAAUAUGGCGAGUGGUAAAAUUAAACAUUGAUCGAAGUAAUAAGUGACGAUAUGUGCUUUAGCCAGUGUGGUAUCAGAUGUGCAUACAAAUGGCUCCCUAACUUGGCACAGCAGUAUGGGUGUGCGUGUAGGGUUUUGUAUAAACGCGGAUCGUAGUGAAAACAAAACUUUAUAAUCUGCGUUCUAUACAAAUGACAGAAUGCAUGUGUUGUAAUAUUGGAAUCCUGAUUAAGUCAUCCACGAAUAACAUUAGAGAUCAUUAUAUUAUUAAUAAUUGUAUAUUAAUACAUGUAUUUGAAAUAUUUUGAAAUUAGUCCAGUCAUUCGUUUAUGACCGUAUUUUAUAUAAUAGUCAUUUAGAUAUGCUCAUACUUAGCAAUUACGUUCCUUUUCAUUGAAUGUUUCUAUGAUAGAAAUAAUCAAAGGAAUAUCAAAUACUGUGAAAAACUAUCUUCAUACGAACAAACUCUUCACCCUAGAUAAGCGGAUCGAGUGUUAUUCGUGCGAUGGUUUAACUUAUUAUUUAGUAUAUGCAGACAUAGCCACUCAAGAAGUUCAAUUUAUUUUUUGCUUUCUAAUACAGAACGUUUUGCAAACGAUUUUAUAGUUAUGAUCCAAGAAAUAAGGAUCUUAAUAAAAUAUAAGAUCGAGAGCAGGGAAGAACAGUUUUUUAAAUACAAUAGUAAUAUACUUUCUAAUAUUAUAUUGUAUCUAGCUACAACAGUGAAAAAUGUUAACACAUAAAGUACCUGGCACACUGGUCUAUGCUCUCUUUUAUCCAGCUCACUAGAAAGUUCAUGCCUUAGAAUGCGUGGCAAAGUGUGCUAAAUAGACAGGAAGGUUAAUGAGAGAGUCAGGAUAUAUACAAAAUGCACUGGCUAGUUAACAAGUAUACAAUACAAAACUAAUCUGCUAUCUACUAGCUUAAGAAGAUUUUCUUUUAUUUAUUUUCGCUAUGGACCUAAAUGACAUUUAUCCCAUUGCUGUAAGAAUAUGUGAAUGUUCUCUCUAAAGGAAAACUGGGAAAAAAAAGGUUUAUUGAUUACAUAUUUCAUCUGUUGGCGUAUUUUCACUUAAAUGGAAAAGAAAGAAAUAAUGUUUUAACAUAACACAUUGUAUUAAUCAUAGUGAAUAAAAAGUUUCAUACUUUUACUAAAUAAGCAGAGAAAGGAAAAUUACUUUAGAGAAGAAGCUAGCCUUAUUAUUUUUUGACUACACUCAUGAGGCUCCACUUUUUAACCUUCAUGUACUUGCAUAAUGUGUUAUCAUUAUUGUUAGCUUUUGUUGUCAAUUUCAUAAACAGAGGAAUGUGUGUAAAGACUGCUAAACUAAAGAUUACCUGUUAUUUGGAUAUACCUAAAUUUAAAGUUAAAGAAAAUUAGGCUCAAAUUUCUCUGGUUACCUAUGAAACAAUAUAGGUACUCUUUAUAAUUCGUUAACUAAACGAUCCUUAUGUGACUACUGUUCGGUACAUUCUCUUUACAUAUCUAAAUCUGAGCAGGCUUCAGAAUGGCAAAAUGAUUAUGUCAAUUACGAAUUUAUUUAUCCCUAGGACUGUUCAGACGUAUCGUUGUAGUAUUUUACACAACAGCAAGACAAAAGGAUGCAAAAUUGUUGAUGUAUAAUUUUAAUUUGUAAGAUGCUCAGCAUUAUGCAAAUUUUCUGAUGCAUCAAAAUCUUAAGUCACAAAAAAAAAGUAUCUUGAAAGUUUUACAUGUUUGGUAAACUUUUACCUAUUGUUUCAUAACAAAUAUAUGAAAUACUAUUUACCAUUUCUUAUUCUAAGCAAUAAAAUACAAAAUUAAAUUUAAUUGUUGCAAAGUUUAUACUUUUAAAAUGAAAUUGUAUUGUACGUUUGAAUAUAUCAUUUUAUACAUUGUGAAAAUAGUUUAUUUAUGUUUGAAAUUUUAAAAAAUUCGGCCACAUAAUGUGAAUUUCUGUAACAUAUAAAGUAUCUUACAACUCAAAAUCAUAAACGUGCUAGUAGGUUCGCAACGGUACAUCGAAAAUCAAUAAUUUAUAAAUAAGGAUUUAUUCACCCUCUAGUCUGUCCUAGGGCUAAAUCAAAAUUAGUCAGCGAAGAGAGCUAGUAAAUGUAAAUAAUAAUUUAAAGCCGUUUACGAUGAAACCUUUGUACGGAACGUAGUGACUAAGGCCAACGAAUUCUAUACUUUUCAUGCGUCUCGCGAAAGUUCGUUGAACGAAAAAAAAAACUUGUGGAACAAUGCGAACUUAAAAAAAAAUAUGUAUAAAAAGAAUUACCAUAACACGAGCUGUCCAUAGUCAACUGAGAUUAGACUCCUUUUCUGAACGGCACAAUGCAAUUGUCAAAAUCAUAGUAAAAGUUGAUUUUUAUAUAUUUUUUUUUCUUAUAGUAUUGAUUAAAAAUUUUUAAUAUCGAAAUUUUCCAAAUUUA